AACAGACAUACGCUCUCGCUCGUGCAUGUUGCUCCAGUCGGAGCCGCGCUUAUAAGCGCGUUCACUUUGUGUGCGUCCAGUGUACGAGCGAGAGCGACAUUCAUCAUCACAGUCCAUUCAAUUCCUACCAGAAGAGAACAACUCAGAGAGACAGCCAUGGCGUCCGGUGUGAUGGUCACAGAUGAAGUUAUCGCAGUCUUCAACGAUAUGAAGGUGCGUAAGGCUCAGGCAAACGAAGACGAGAAGAGGAAGAGGAAGAAGGCCAUUCUGUUCCGCAUAAGCAACGACCUCAAGAACAUUGUUCUGGAUGAUGGCAAAGAGAUCCUGCUGGGUGACUUGGGAAACACCGUCCACGACCCAUACCAGCACUUUGUGAAGAUGCUGCCUGCAGACGACUGCCGCUACGCCCUGUAUGAUGCCACCUAUGAGACCAAAGAAACAAAGAAGGAGGACCUGGUCUUUAUCUUCUGGGCUCCAGAUAAUGCUCCCCUGAAGAGCAAGAUGAUCUAUGCCAGCUCGAAAGAUGCUAUCAAAAGGAAAUUUGAAGGUAUUAAGCAUGAGUGGCAGGUGAACGGUUUGGAGGACCUCAAAGACCGGCACACCCUGGCAGAAAAGCUCGGCGGCUCGUCAGUAGUCAGCCUGGAAGGAGCCCCUAUAUAAAUAUCGUUCCCCUCCUCCUCGGCUUCGGCUGAGGCCUUUCAGACACAUCUGUUGGGUUUAGCUGUUCAUUCCAGUGUGGUGUGGAGAAGGGCAAAAGCAGAACCAGCAUCAUUUGUGGGACUCUCGGGGAGGGAUACAGUGGGUGGGUUUUGGGGUCAAGUGACAGCGUAACAAAAAACAAACAAACAAAAAAGUGCAGACUGUCAUUCCAGUUCAUGCAACAUUAAGAAUAUGAACAAAACACACAAAGGAAAAAAAAAAACAUUAAGAUACAACUGAGGAAGGAUGAUGAUGAUAAAACUUAAUACGCAUAUUGUUCAUGUGAAGGACAGGGUUUUGUUCUUUCCGGGUUCCAUUUCAACGACUGUAGAGAAAGGGACAGGCAACAACCUUUUAGUUUUUCAACCAUUGAAUCCCGACAAAUAGUUGUUCCAACUACAUUUUUUGCCAAACUUCUAGUUAAGUUUUGUAAGUGUGUGUAGUUGAGACUAGGUGUAGUAUGAACUAAUUCACUCUUGAUUGCACAAGUUGUAUCAAAACUUUCUCUGGUGGAACACGGUUAAAUAUUUUUUUUCGUCUUUGUUUUGUUAUUCCAGUGUUUUGUUUUUUGUUUUUUCCAAUUUUAACAUGCAAAUUCCAAAACUUGAGUGAUUCCUUUUUAUUUCCAGUUCUGGGUCAGAAAAACAUGGCAUUUGAUGUAGUAAAAAGACAACAUUCCUUCUACUUGUUAAAAACCAGGAUUUCCUCAAUUUAAAAACUCUGGUGUUAUGAAAGUCUGAUGGGGAGCGAUGUGUAUAUGAAGGACCAGCGGUCAGAGUUUAGACUGAAUAUUGAAUGGUGGAUGUUUUGUAUCGUCUCCUUAUCUCUAAUAAAAAGCACUAAACUAC